UAACAGUUGAACACGCCUAUUCUUUACCGCACAAGUAAAAGGGGAAAGUGAAAGGAAAAAAAGAAUGCCCAAAAAUCCUCUAAUCCAAGAAAAUUUUCUUUAAUUUUUCAAACCCCUGAAAUUUCUCUUCGCCGUCUCUUCCUCGUCAAUCUAUCACUCGAUUUCAACAAGCUCAAGGUUACUCAAUUUCCAAUUUACUGAUUUGCGUUAUCUUGUACCUAGCUUCCACAAUGGUUCAAGUUCUACCAACAACAACAACAAUAGCAUACCCAGUAUUCCCACACGUGGGGUAUGGGGAUGAUAGUGUGUAUGCAGACCUUACACCUACCUUGUGCAGGUUCAAGUUCUACCCCGGUACAGUUAUUCAUCGGGAGUUUAUUAUUUUCCCACUAAGAGAGACUCUCUCGUUAUUUAGCAAUGUGGAAGAAAAUUGAUAAUAUGGCCGUUUUCCCUCAAGCAAGAGAAAAUGAAAACACAACAAAACAGAACAAAUCAGAAGAAUUACGCUUGAAUAUAAGUUAUUGCUUCCAACAAAAUUUCCCAUCGCUGCAAAAAUCCUUGCUAAUUUGAUUGUAAUGGGUUCUGCAAUAUUGGCAAGGUCCUUUGUUCAAGCAUAUCGUCAGGCACUGGCUAAUGCCUCUAAAAACGGGGUUGCUCAAGAAGCAGUGCAGAAUAUCAAAAGAGCUAGUAAAACAAUGACCGAAACAGAAGCAAGGCAGAUUCUCGGUGUCACUGAGAAUUCAUCAUGGGAAGAAAUCGUGCAGAGAUACGAAAACUUGUUUGAGCGAAAUGCUAAAAAUGGGAGCUUUUACCUUCAGUCAAAGGUUCAUAGAGCCAAAGAGUGUUUGGAAGCAUUUCACCCACCUAAAGAACCAGGGGGAAAAUAAACUUUGUUGAGCUUUUCCAAUGUAUAGCUUUUCUGCAUAGUUGGUUUACUUAUAGUCAGUUCCUAGGUUUUUGUUGUGAACAAACUGUGAAUUCUUUCCGAUGGAGGAAGCAAUAUUUCCUAUUGUCA